AUGGACUUUAAAGCCAGUUAUAAUAUCACGUCGGACAGCGAGGACGAGGAAGAAGCUGAAGAUAAUGAUGAGGAUGAAGCAACAGUAUACUUUAUGGUUGGACAACUGCAAGAUCAGGUUGAGAUUUUCCAUGGAAUCUUACCUGACACAGGAGCAGCAAGAGUAUCAACAGUUGGAAGACGUCAACUCACCGCUUUACAAAAGAUCUAUCCAGGGAUCAUAGUCGACAAAUCUCGUGCAGGAGAGUACUCAAUUCGAUUUGGUCAAGGGGAUAGCGUUGACUCUGAGGGAGCUAUUACUAUAAAGACCCCAAUUGGCAAUGUCGAUUUCCAUGUUAUGAAUACACCAACUCCAUUCUUACUUUGCAUUGCUAAUAUGGAUCACCACGAAGCUUACCUUGACAACACCACCAACUGCUUGGUCAAGGGAGACUUGAGAGUGCUAAUUGUCUGGAAAUGA